AUGGCCAAGGACGAGCAUGUUGCCGUGACGGGCGACUCUAAGCCGGUGGUGCCUCGCACCCGCAGACUGACCCCUGAGCUGCAGAAGCUCGUCGACCGCGAGGAGGAAAUAUUGGACCAGCUUUACGAGGGCAACUCGGUAGAUACUGUUGAUACCGGAUAUCGAUACUCGGCCUACGCAGCUCGAAUCCGGACGCUGCUUCUUUCUGCACACCGUUAUGUCGCAUAUACAUCGGACAUUGGAGAGUCUUUCCGGCCGGUGGCACAUCCAUGGCUGGUUAAGGGCGCCUACGGUGUCUCCUGGGCAUAUAUCUUCGGGGAUGUCGCUAACGAAGGAUACAAGGCAUACCUACGAAACCAGGAGAUACUCGCUCCAAAGAGCGAUGCUUUCCGGAAGGCGACUGAGGCCAUUGCUGCUGGAGACGUUGAUGUGAAAAGCAGUGCUGACCGCAAGGCACUGGAGGAGCACUUUAUGAACAAGGCUGCACUUAAGGACGCCGAAGAGACAUUAACCUCCACAGCAUGUCCCAAACACCCAAUGCCGUGGAAAGAUCCCGAAGAAGAUACUCUAGUUCCAUGGCCUACUAAAAAGAUCCCUCUGAGCGAGGAUUACCGCUCCGUCAUGGCUGAGAGGGCCGUGUUCCAGUCCAUUGCCAGUAUGGGCUUACCUGCAUUCACAAUUCACUCGAUCGUCAAGUACUCUGGCCGAGCAAUGAAGAACAUGAAGGGCGUAUUUUUCAGAACUUGGGCACCAAUUGGGCUUGGACUUUCCGUUGUCCCAGCCCUACCGUAUCUGUUCGACAAACCCGUUGAAGAAGCGGUCCAAUGGGCGUUCCACAACGCCUUCCUCAUGUUCGGUGGACCUAAUGCCGUUCCUCAGGAAACUCUACCCCAAGGAGCAUUCUCGGAGGCGUUCCAUGCAGCGCAGGCUGUGAAAAAACAGCGGCAAGAAGAGCGAGAGCGUCGAAGGGAAGAACGAAGACUUCGACGCGAGAAGUCUGAAUAA